AUGACGUUUUUGAGGAGGCUGGAGGCGAACCUGGACUUCUUGCUGGAGCCCUUCCCGCCGCCCUCCGCCGCCGGCGGCUCCCCGGCCUCGGCGGCAUCGCCGAGGUCCAGCAGGGUCACCACCCGGGAGCCCGCCCGCAGCCGCCGCGGCGUUUCGACGUGUGCGAUCUCCCCGUCGAGCUUGCUGACCACGAACUCGAGGGCUUUGGUCUGCGAGCGGCCGGAGCGCAGCAGGCUGGGGUCGGCUCUCGGCCCCAGAGAGCCGCACUUGAGGUCCAGGUGGUACCAUGACAAUCUCACCCGGCACGCAGCAGAAGCGCUGCUGCUCUCCAACGGGCAGGAUGGGAGCUAUCUUCUGAGGAAGAGUAAUGAAAGGGAAGAUCUGUACUCCCUCUCUGUAAGGGGUAAAGACUCUGUGAAACACUUCCAUGUUGAGCACACAGGAACUUCAUUCAAAUUUGGAUUUAAUGAAUUUUCUAGCUUGAAAGAAUUGGUCAUGCACUUUGCAAACCAGCCUUUAAUUGGAAGUGAAACAGGAACUUUAAUUGUGUUGAAGCAUCCCUACCCACGGCAAGUGGAGGAGCCCUCCAUUUAUGAGUCUGUCCGAGUUCACACUGCAAUGCAGACAGGAAGGACAGAAAGUGACCUUGUCCCAAAUGCUCCCUCACUCGGUACCAAAGAAGGAUAUUUGAUAAAACAAGGCAAAAUAGUCAAGAACUGGAAAACAAGGUGGUUUACACUGCAUAGGAAUGAACUGAAGUACUUCAAAGACCAGACAGCUACGGAACCAAUUCGAGCACUUGACUUAACUGAAUGCUCAGCUGUGCAAUUUGACUAUUCCCAGGAAAGAGUCAAUUGUUUCUGUUUAGUGUUCCCACUAAGGACAUACUACCUGUGUGCAAAAACGGGGAUAGAAGCUGACGAGUGGAUUAAAAUCCUGCGGUGGAAGCUGUCACAGAUACGGAAGCAGCUGGAGGAGCGCAGCGCCACCCUCAGUUCCUAGCGCCGUGCCAGCGCUCCUGCUCCGCGGGCAGGA